AUGAAAAAGGUCCAAAAUGAAGUACUGAAAUUCGCCUCGUUUGACUUAAAAAAUAGACAGUCACUGAUAAAUUUUUACAAAAUGUUAAACAAAGAUUAUAAGUGUGGAGAGCUGCACGAAAAUAUUAUUUUAAAUCCAGACAAUAAGUCGUCCUUCCUGUACGUACAACAGAGUCAACACGAAAUUACCUUCGGAUUUAAGGAUACCAAUAAUGACUUAUAUCAGAGGUUGGUAAAAUUAAAAGAUAGCAAAAUUUUUGGCUACGAGCAAACCGAGCAGGAUGAAAAAAUUGCACAGUUAAUUAAGAACAUACAAAAUUAUUCCUACAUUAAGGGAGGCGCCCUCGUAACUUUUCACAAACCCCUUCUCAAAAAUUAUGUUCUCACACAACUCCAGAAGCUCAAGGAACUGUCGGAGAAGUGA